UCUGUUAUUCAAACGCUUUUAAAAUCCUUUUUGUUCAGACCAGCCGGUGAUUAUGGUCAGUUUUUUGCAUUAAAAAAUUUUUUUUAAGCAUUCAAGUACGUUUCUUUGAACAGUCAGGAAAGAAUGCCACAACUAUCGCAAUUAAAAACCUGUACGGCAUUACCUUCUUGUGGUAUUAUAAGUAUACCGGAGUAUAAUUGCGAAGAUGAUUCCUGUUAACAUCUAUCAUGAGUGAGCAAUACUUUUGAAACGUAUUCUACGUUAUCAGAUAUGACCACGUGGGGAGAUUUGAAAUCUUUUAGUGGGGGCGGUGCUCAGGAAAUGCAGUGAAACGCAGACAAGAAGAGUUUAUGCUACGGCGAAGAGCACGGAAGAGCAUGGUUCAACAAAGAAUUCCAGGUUUUGACACUGGCCGAGGUGGUCGCCGGUUUGUUCUGACUCUUGCGGCUGGUAUGGUAUUUGGAUUUAUGUCGGCAUGUCUGUUGUUGGCUGCUACGAAAGAUGUACCUCACAUGUUCAACUGGCUGCCAGGAAGUUCAGUUCUCGGUAGAGACCCUCAUCACUAUUCGGAACUUGAACCCAUGGCAGGUCCUGAUAUGGAAGUCAAAUUCCAUGGAGAAGAUGAGGAUUUCCAUCGUGGAGAGGAUAAAGUGGCUCGAGAUCUGGCAAAGAAGGUGCGAGUUUUGUGCUGGGUGAUGACGGGUCCGAAGAAUCAUCAAUCCAAGGCUCGUCAUGUCAAAGCUACAUGGGGCAAGCGCUGCAAUAUUCUUCUCUUCAUGAGCUCGGCUGAAGACGCAAGUUUGCCAACGGUAGUCCUACCGGUUAAAGAAGGUCGUGACAAUCUUUGGGCGAAGACGAAGGAAGCGUUUAAAUACGCAUACGAGAACUACAAGGACCAAGCGGACUGGUUCAUGAAAGCCGAUGACGAUACCUACGUGAUCGUAGAGAAUUUACGCUACAUGCUUUCAUCGUACAGUCCGGAUUCGCCGUUGUACUUUGGAUGUCGCUUCAAGCCCUUCGUGAAGCAGGGCUAUAUGAGUGGCGGAGCAGGGUACGUCCUGAGCAAGAUGGGUCUUCGCAAGUUCGUACAAGAAGGCUUGACGGACAAGUCGAAGUGCAGGGCCGACAACGGGGGUGCCGAAGACGUGGAGAUGGGCAAAUGCCUGGAGAGGGUGAACGUGCGCGCAAUGGACACUCGCGACGCUCACGGCCGCGGCCGAUUCUUCCCUUUCGUGCCAGAACACCACCUCAUCCCGAACCACGUGGAGAAGGACUUCUGGUACUGGAAGUACAUCUACUACGACACCAAGGAAGGUCUGGACUGUUGCUCGGACAGCGCGAUAUCCUUCCACUACGUGUCGCCGAACAUGAUGUACGUUUUGGAGUACCUGAUUUACCACUUGAGGCCGUACGGAAUUACACAUGGCGUGGAGAAGUUACCAUCACCGGUUCAGUCGGCCGCAACGUUGACCGAUUACUAGCUGUUGAUAUCUACGGAAAAGGAAAUACACUUGUCCAGUAAAGAUCAAUGGUUCGGUAACGAGUACGGGGCAGACUCCAGAAUAUGAUGUGAGGUUUGGAGUACUUGUUCUACGACAUGAGGUCGUACAGAAUCACCCAUGGCAUGGAAACACCACCAUUGCCGGUCUAAUCGUCGGCAAUAUUGGCUGAUUACUAGCCGUCGAUGUUCUCAAAGAAGUAAAACCCUCGCCCAGUAAGGAUCGAUGAUUUGGUAACGAGGAUGGUGCAAGGCAGAAAUAUCGGUUCCCUGAAAGUUGAGCCAGAGGAACGGGAGGAACAUCUACGAUGCCAAAGAAGAGUUGGAUUGUAGCGAGGACUAAGGCAACGCGUUUGUGCGUGUCGUUAAACGUGAUAUAUGCGUGUUCGAGGAUUUGAUCCAUCGUUUGAGGCCAUAUGGAAUACCGCACGGCGCGGUAUGGACUGACUGACUUGUCAGCUACGCUAGCCGAAUACUAGUCAACAACCCUUCUUCGCAUCGAUUCUUUUCAUCGUCGUACGGUUCGGUAGCCAAUAAUACGAUCUAAAUAUCGAUGUAAAUUCUGGUAAUACCAAAAAAUUCAGGGUUUCCAUAGAAGCCUAGAUCCGAUGUUGGCUGAACCUAGCGACAUUAGCUGAAGCUACUGAUACAACAGGCCAUGCGAGCGAUUGAGAGAUGAUUGCAGCGCCGCCAUCCGGUGACUUUAACAAUUAUCGAGGAUCAAACGUCCGUAUCCUUCUUGGCUUCUAUGGGGACUGGUGAAUUCUUUGGUAAUAGUCACUGGGACUUCGUUAGAAAUUAUAACGUCGGUUCCCAAAUAUUGACCUAGAAAGUACAUUGUCAAAGAUGUCAGACAUCGAUGAAAAAAUAGCACCACGUCUUUUCAAACUCUAAUAUCCGACGAGAAUCAUCGGUGUACACUUUAUGAAACACUGUACUCUUCGGGGAUGUUCUCUAUUCCUUGGCCACGUUUGUCGAAUGCUAGUCUCCCUCCUUUGUUGGACAGACUUUUCGUUUUCUAAAAACCAACAGUUACCGCCUACGAUUACUGAUCGAUAACAAGAAUGUCUAGGUUUCAAGCUAAGUUUGAACGGAGUUGGAAAGCUUGGGAGGAUAUUUUUUAAAAGUGCAGGUGAAGAUUAGUCUCGAUCAGAUAUGUGUAGAUGUGCAGAAAAGAUACAUCGAUCACUAGAAAUCCUUCGGGGAUGUUUAGGGUAGGAUCGGUGCGUUGCCGAGGAACCUCUGCUGGCGUGAGGGAAAAUCCGAUUACUCGGGAGUCGGGCCGAAGAGCCAAAGAGGCAAUUACGAGUCCGAAGGGCGCUAACCAAGUCUCGAUGUGCCGUCAACAACGGCAACGAAGUACGCAAAAGAUGCUAGUCAGCACGCAGCAGUCGAUACAUUAUUAGGACGUAGAUAAGAAUUUAGCACGUAAGGGAGGGAUGGCGAGAGCGAAAACGUUUCGUGCCAGUGCGAGCUCAAUUUUAGAAGAAUAUCUAUUACACACAGGAUUAAGGUGACAUGAAAGGGUCAUUCUACAUAUAUAAAAAAGUGCAAAUGUUUAUGAAACUUUUCUCCAAACUAGGUGCACCGAAUUAUCUGAAACUUUAACACGUGAUUAUGGAGGCCCUAAGGAAGAACGCGAUGCUCGUGAAAUUUCAUUUUUCUAAAAAUGAGAGUUCACGACGAUCACUUUAUUCCUUAGGACCUCCAUAAUCUCGUGAUGAAGUUUCAAAUGAUUCGGUACAUUUCAUUUUGACAAGUCGUCACAUUUUUCCGACAUUACGUUACAUUUCGUAAGAGCGGUUUUUUUAACUAACAAUGGACUUAAAAGUAGGAAUGGGUAUAGCGUCUCUUAACUAAAAGGCACUUAAAAGCGCCCAUAAGAGUUAAGGUAUGAGUAAGGGCCUAUGAAGGUACAGAUUUUGCCGUUAAAGACGACAGGAGAAUCCGCAACUUCAUAUUAAACAGCUUAAUAAAAAUUCUGCUGCAAAUAGAAUUAACCAAA